GUGGGUCAGGCCGUGCCUUGAGGGGGAAACGGGCUGUCCGUGUGAGCUAGCCCGUCCCGGCGUUCCCGCACUGCCUGUGGGGAGACUGGGACUGAGCCUGAGGGGGAUCCCGGUGCUUGUGAGCCCGCCGGUCCUUUGGGCUGUACAGGCCCACCUGUCCAGAGUGGGAGUUGUGUGCGGGGGGAGAGGCAGCCGCGCUGAGGGAAUUCGCUGUGAACCCCUGUCAAAUGCCGCACGGUAUGAAAACUCAAUGGGGUCGUCCAAAAAUGCAAUAAGUGAGCCUGUUGAUGCAGAGGAAGGCUAUAACAUGAUGGCUUCUUUCCAACGCUCUAACAGCCAUGACAAAGUGAGGAAAAUAGUGGCAGAAGAGGGACGGACAGCAAGGAACCUGAUUGCCUGGAGUGUCCCACUGGAAAAUAAGGAAGAUGAUGGAAAAUCGAAAUGGCAAUCUGGUGGAAAAACAAAAAGGGUGACUCAAGGAACACUCAAGACUGCAAAACAGAACACUACCUUGGACUGUAAAUUAACAGCAGGAGCUGGAGACAAGAACUUUGACAAAAGCCCAACGAAAACCAGGCAGCCUCGAAAGGUGGAUCUGCGGGCUCGGUACUGGGCAUUUCUCUUCGACAACCUCCGGAGGGCAGUUGAUGAAAUCUAUGUCACAUGUGAAUCAGACCAGAGUGUGGUGGAAUGCAAGGAAGUCCUGAUGAUGCUUGAUAACUAUGUAAGGGACUUCAAAGCAUUGAUUGAUUGGAUACAGCUACAGGAGAAGCUAGAAAAAGCUGAUGCUCAAAGCAGACCAACUUCACUGGCUUGGGAAGUAAAGAAAAUGUCUCCAGGACGCCACGUGAUCCCAAGUCCCUCCACAGAUAGGAUUAGUGUGACAUCAAAUGCUCGAAGGAGUUUAAAUUUUGGGAACCCUGCAGUGACAAUUUCUGCAACACGCCUGGCUCCUUCUGGUGUAAGUUGGGCCGAUAAGGUAAAAGCCAACCAUGGAAGUAAAGCUGCCAAUCCUGAGCUGGCAACAGCACAAGCCUGCCUGGUACCUCCGGCACAGAAGUCACUGCGGAAAAAUGAUCGGAAGGAUGCAGAGGGCUGGGAAACCGUUCAGCGUGGAAGGCCCAUUCGAUCUCGAUCCACAGCUUUGGCUGCAAAAGCUCCUGUAGCUGCAGAAACACUGAAGUCCAGAGGUGACAGUGACAAAGAAAACGUAAUUUCACCACCAGCAGAAAACAAGCAUGGGAGCUCAGUCAUUGGCAGUGCUGGAUCUGAAAGCACAGAGCUGGUGCAGAAGGAUCCUUUACAUCACUCUGAGGGUCCCCUUACUGAGAAGACUCAGUUCACAGCCUCGGAAGCCAAUGGGAGCACUGGCACAGCCUUGCAAGGGGAUUUCUUAGAACCGGCUCCUGAGAUGCCUCCAGCUCUCACCAGUACUGACUGCAGUUCAGAAACUCUGCAGGUGAAUGAAGCUUCCCCCCAGAGCACUGGCUGUACAGACUGGCAUCGAACAGAAAAAGCUAAAUCUGAAACUGAAAUGGAUCCCACAGAUAUUUCAAAUUCCAUGGCAGAAGUCCUGGCUAAGAAAGAAGAAUUAGCAGAUCGGCUGGAGAAGGCAAAUGAAGAAGCCAUUGCCAGUGCUAUUGCAGAGGAGGAGCAGUUAACCAGAGAGAUUGAGGCAGAGGAAAACAAUGACAUUAACAUUGAGACUGACAAUGACAGUGACUUCUCUGCUAAUAUGGGCAAUGGAAACAUAUCCUUCUGUGGUUUGUCUAUGGACUGGAAUGAUGUUCUGGCAGAUUAUGAAGCUCGUGAGUCGUGGCGCCAGAGCAACUCCUGGGGAGACAGAGUGGAGGAGGAGCCCGCGCGUCCCCCCGGCCACGGGAUCCACAUGCACGAGAAACUCUCCUCACCCUCGCGCAAGAGAACAAUAGCAGAAUCCAAAAAGAAGCAUGAGGAGAAACAAAUGAAAGCUCAACAGCUGAGAGAAAAGUUACGUGAAGAGAAGACACUGAAGCUUCAGAAAUUAAUGGAGAGGGAGAAAGAUGUGAGGAAAUGGAAAGAAGAAUUGUUAGAUCAAAGGCGCAGGAUGAUGGAGGAGAAGUUACUCCAUGCAGAAUUCAAACGUGAAGUGCAGCUACAAGCAAUUGUAAAAAAAGCACAAGAGGAAGAAGCUAAGGUCAAUGAAAUUGCUUUCAUAAACACCUUGGAAGCUCAGAACAAGCGCCACGACGUGCUGAACAAGCUGAAGGAAUACGAACAGCGCUUGAACGAGCUGCAGGAGGAGCGUCAGCGAAGGCAGGAGGAGAAGCAGGCGCGGGACGAGGCAGUUCAGGAGCGCAAGAGAGCCCUGGAAGCGGAGCGGCAGGCCCGGGUGGAGGAGCUGCUGAUGAAGAGGAAGGAGCAGGAAGCACGGAUUGAACAGCAGAGGCAAGAGAAGGAGAAAGCACGAGAAGAUGCAGCACGGGAGAGGGCCAGAGAUCGAGAAGAGAGGUUGGCAGCUCUUACCGCAGCUCAGCAGGAAGCCAUGGAAGAACUGCAGAAGAAGAUUCAACUGAAGCAUGAUGAAAGUAUUAGGAGGCACAUGGAACAAAUUGAACAGAGAAAAGAGAAAGCAGCUGAACUCAGCAGUGGAAGACAUGCUAAUACUGACUAUGCACCAAAGCUCACACCCUAUGAGCGAAAGAAGCAGUGUUCAUUGUGCAAUGUCAUGAUUUCAUCAGAAGUGUAUCUUUUCAGCCACAUUAAAGGGAAAAAACACCAACAAGCUGUGAGAGAAAACAGCAGUAUACAAGGACGAGAGCUUUCAGAUGAAGAAGUGGAGCACCUGUCAUUAAAAAAGUAUAUUGUGGACAUUGUAAUUGAGAGUUCUGUUCCUGUGGAACCGUUAAAAGAUGGAGAGGAGAAACAGAAAAUUAAAAAGAAAGCCAAAAAGCUAAAGGCGCGGAUGAACUCCAGGGCAAAGGAAUAUGAGAGCUUGAUGGAAGCAAAAAAUGCUGUGUCUGAUUCCCCAUUUAAAGCCAAGUUACAGCGAUUAGCAAAAGACCUUCUGAAGCACCUCCAAAUGCAGGAUAGCUGUUCCUUGGGGAACCACAAAGUUCCUGGUCUGGACAGGACUUUAGGAGAGAUCUCUCGGAUUCUGGAAAAAGAGAACACAGCAGAUAAAAUUGCAUUCCGGGCUGCAGGAGGACUGUCUGCUCUGGAAAAUGUUCUUCAGAUGGUGACUUCUCCCACCAACCUGAACGCAGCUGCCCGGGUUCCCUUUAAGUCACUGUGCAGUACAGUAAAUGUUUACAGCCUCACCUGCAGCAACUGCAUAGAAAAUUGCACCUAUGUUCUCUUUAGUAAUAAGAUCACUUUUCUGAUGGACCUGUUGAUACACCAGUUUACGAUUAGUGUUCCAGAUGACCAUAAUGCUACUGCAAGCAGAAGUGUAAAUAAGCAGGUAUUUGAAGGUUUAACAACAGGACUUCUGAGGGUAGCUGCUGUGAUUUUCAGAUGUCUCGUCUCCAGCUUCCCAGAUGGAAACAACCACUCUUCUGCACUGAAGAUAUUACAGGAAGUGAAAAGUAAAUCCUCACAAGUGGAAGCCUUCAGCAGCAGAGUCCAAGACCUAAUCAGUUACGUGGUGAACAUGGGACUGGUGGACAAGCUGUGUUGCUGUUUCCUGUCUGUUCAAGGCCCUGUUGAUGAGAACCCCAGUGUAGCAGGUUUCCUGCAGAACGCCACGGCAGUGCUGCAUGGGAUGUGCCAGCUGUGUUUGGCUGUCAGUGGAAGGUCCUGCGGCGUGUUUGACAGCGCCCGCGCGGACCCCACGGGACUCACGGCAGCUCUGCAGGCCACGGAUCUGGUGGGAGUCCUGCACAUGCUCUACUGUGUCCUUUUCCACGGCACCAUCUCGGACCCGAGCACAGCCAGCCCCAAAGACAGCUAUGCCGCCAACACAGUCCAGGUUGCCAUCCAGAGUUUACGUUUCUUCAAUAGUUUUGCUGUUCUUGACCUGCCUGCCUUCCAGUCAAUUGUGGGAGCUGAAGGACUGUCCCUGGCCUUCAGGCACAUUAUCAGCUCCCUGCUGUGGUACUGCUCUCAGCAUACCUGUGAAGGAUUGCUGCACGAAGUCAUCAUUUGUGUGGGCUACUUCACUGUAAACAACCCAGAUAACCAGAUUAUUGUACAGUCCGGCCGUCACCCCACGGUGCUGCAAAAACUCUGCCAGUUGCCGUUCCAGUAUUUCAGUGAUCCUCGUUUGAUCAAAGUGCUCUUCCCUUCGCUCAUAGCUGCCUGUUACAAUAACCCUCAGAACAAGAUCAUCCUGGAGCAGGAGAUGAGCUGUGUUUUACUGGCCACCUUCAUCCAGGAUUUUGCACAGAGCUCAGGCCAAGUGGAAAAUCAGUUAUCUCAGCAGAGGGAAAAAUUUUUCAGUUCUCAAGAUUAUCUUGAGCUCUCCAACAGAUUCCCCCGGCAGUCCUGGGAAGAAGCUCGACAGUUCUUCUUGAAAAAAUAAGAAUUGUAUUUAGCUUUUAGAUCCCUAACAUCGUCACACUGACCAGUUCCUGCUGACUACCUUCUUUUAAAACGCUGUUCCAAAAUGUUUUUGAUACUCUAAAUACUUAUCCUAUAGAUAUAUAAUUUGCACUAUUUAUAUAAGUACUGUAGAUACUUCCAAGUUCUGUUUUGUAAUUUUGAUAAUUUGAGUUUAUUUCGUUCUUGUAUCCAAUGUCAUGAUUUUGUUGUUUUCUGCCCUGUGGUGGGACUUGCACUGCAGAACUGCUGAAAUAAGGUUGCAAAUAGAGAAAAUAUGUUCUAUAUAUCUUGUAAUAAAAUAACUUAUUCUGUCUUGUGUGA